AUGUGUACGCUCGCCACGUCAUCCGUGACGACAGCACCGGGACUGAUGGGGCUGGACGCGAUCCAACCGAGGCAGGGCAGCACGGAGAGUGCGAGCGGUGACUCGGACAGUGGCGGUGGAGGAUUGUACGGUUCGUCCGUCGGAUCGGCCCUGCAGUGGUACUAUCAGGCGAACUUCGAUGCACAUUCGAGCGAUUCCUUGCAGAGCUCGAAGCUGUUCUCCUCAGGAUACUGGGGCGGAUCGGAGCCAUUCGUUGGAUCGACGCUGGCUGCGGAGGUCGCUUCCAGUGGGCUUGAGCGCACAAGGGACGAGUGCGAUUCUUCACCGUUUGCGGAUGAUCUCGCGGAGUUGUGCGAUCAGUUCGAUAAUCUCGGUUUGUUCGUUUUAAACGGACGCGUGUCAACGAGCCUGCUGGAAGCCGAUCAUCACCAGCCAGGAUACGGACGCUGUGCUGCCCUUGGUACGUCCUUAAAAGGGCUCAACUUUAGUAGAGGUUGUUCACCGGUUCAUCAGCAACAGCAUCAUCACCAGCACCAUAGCAAACAGCAGCAGCAGCAGCAGCAGAUGGCGCAUCAACAGCACCACCAUCCAUUGCCACUGACGAGACAGCCUGCCUUCCAUCAUCACCAUCAUCAUCAUCAUCUUCCGCACGGUCAGCAGGUGGGACUUCCCGUGACUAGUCAGCAUUAUCAACCGGCGUUUGGGACGCAUCAACCGUUGCCAUUGCAUAGCGCUUCCACGGAGUUGUUGCAGAACGCGAACCUCAAGUACAGCAAAGUGCCUCCCGCGAACUACUUGUGCCAUUUGUGCUUCAAGAAGGGCCACUACAUUCGAGAUUGUCCUCAGGCUCGCCCGAAAGCGGAAGGAAAAACGCCGUACCAGGGCAAGAAGCGCUGCUUCGGUGAAUACAAGUGCCCCAAGUGCAAGCGGAAGUGGAUGUCCGGAAACUCGUGGGCUAACCAUGGUCAGGAGUGCAUCAAGUGCCACAUCAACGUUUACCCGCACAAACAGCGUCCGUUGGAGAAACCAGAUGGACUAGACGUGUCCGAUCAGUCGAAGGUACACCCACAGAUGUUGUGCGAGAAGUGCAAGACGCUGGGGUACUACUGUCGAAGGAUCCAGUAGCUAUCGCCGUAAAAUUGUGCUUUCUCGAAAGUUAGUGCUCCCUGGAACGUUUACGAUACAUCAGAGGAUCGUUCAUAGGGAUCUAUUUUUUGAUAUAUUUUUUUUUUCUACGCAACAAAACCAUCCGGUGGUAGUUGAUUAAUACCCGAAACCCGCCCCAAUCACGAACAAUUGGUUGAAAAGCAAGCAAAAACGAAUCUACAAAUCUGUAUAUAAUGAGCAGGUGAGAAGAGAUCGAGAGACUGGAACAGAUGCGGACUCUCUUGCCGCAGAUGUUUUAGAGGUCCUCGCCGCGAAAUCGAAAAAACAGAAUGGUAAAAAGGAAAUCAUCCCCAUAAAUCGACGCUGCGCAAUUGCAUGCGACCUAAUUCGAAGUUAACACCCUUUUUUCUAUAGCGAUGCGUGCCGUCGCAAACGAACAGAGCUUUUAGGCAUUAAUUUUUGUAUUAACUUUAUUGUGAACCCGCAGAGCGAAAUCCGUCAACGAAACAAACAAACUAAAAAAACACCCCCGAAGUAAAUGAAACCAUAACAAAUGUGUAUAAUUCGAUGCAAACAAUAUGGACGAGAG